AAAAUAUGUAUCUACUUAAGUAACAAAAUUUACUAUUUCAAUUCAAGAUUGUACUCUGUACCAGUUCGUGAUAAUAAUGAUAAGGUGAAUGAUAGGAUGUUUAUUAGUAUUAUAUAAAUAACAGCAGCAUUUAAAACGCAACAUGUGAAAAAUAAAACGCUAAAAUCGAAGGGAUGGAUAAUAUCAACAUGUUUCAGAGUUUUCUAAAUAAACAGACUAAUCUGCAUAAAUUUGAAUCCCAAUGUACCCAGUAAAGUGAUCAGAAUCUGCGCACUAAACUAAGUGUAAGAAGUUCGGCGCUCUGAGGAGAGAAAAUAAGACAUCCAAUCCCACCAGUUGCUUGUUGACUUAAGAAAGUAGUGGUGUUGGUGUAGUUCGUCUCAAUAACCUUACGAUUAUUUUUCAAGGUCGAUGUUGAAUUAUGUACUUAAAACAUCUGUGAUGAAUUUAGUGUUUUAUGUCCGUUUUCGAUGAUACAAUUUAGUGUAAGUCUGACAGAAAGGAUUUAAUGUGAUCUUAAAACGUGUAGCUUUUGGAAUCGAUGUUUUAAUUUAAAUAUUAGUUACUAGGAAUUUAGUUCGCCGUUAUCUUAUACCAUGACCCGAGUAUAAAUAUCUAUAAAAUAAAACAGUAUUAUAGUCGACGUACUCAUCAAGGUCAAAGAACUUCUAAAUGGAAUAAAUAAUAUCAAAAAAUAACAAAACAAUACAGAAUAUCUGUUCAAUGAUAGGAUGGAAACAGAAUAUUUAGGAUGUAAAUAUACCAUCAAAAUAAGACCAAAUAUGUUUUAUUAAGUAGGUAGAAAAUGUCACAAUGGUAUCAAAUGGCAUCAGAAUACAGUUACAAGUAUAUUUACGUAUUUUGGUAUUAUAUAUAUUCCCCUCAUUGACGCAUCAAAAUGAUUUUCGAUAUAUUUCUUAUCAAGAUCUACAAACAUCUAUUACACGAUUUCAGUCGGAAGAAAAUACCUCAUUUACUCAAAUUUUAUUUGACGUGUCCAGAAAUCAAAUGAUUGUAGGAGCAACAGAUGGAUUAUAUAGACUAUCUUUGUCACGACUAAGACUGCUGGAAUAUGCAAAUUGGGAACCAACAGAAGACACAAGGCGGUUUUGUAUAGAAAAAGGUCAAAGUGAUGGAAUGUGUCAUAAUUUUAUAAAUAUCAUUUUGAGCAAUGGUAAAGACAUUUUUGCCUGCGGAACUAACGCAUUUUCACCUCAAUGUUCAUGGAGACAGAUUGAUUAUAUUUCAAAUGUAACUAGUAUUAUAGAUGGAGUUGCUCAAAGCCCAUCAAAUCCUGAAGCAAAUAUUACGGCCAUUUUAUUGGAGAAUGGGGAAUACUACUUUGGAGGCCCAACAGAUUCUUUUGGUUCGGAUACCCUUAUAUCCAAAAGUGUGGAUAAUACAGUUAUACUUCGAACUAAACAAUACAAUAAUUUCUGGCUGAAUGAGCCACAGUUUGUAGGUUCUUUCGAAAGUGAUAAAUUUGUUUAUUUCUUAUUUAGAGAAGUUGCCGUGGAAUAUAUGAACUGUGGCAAAAAUGUAUAUUCUAGAAUAGCUAGAGUAUGUAAAAAUGACAAUGGAGGUGGACACGUGUUUAAAGACAAUUGGACUACUUAUAUUAAGGCGAGAUUAAAUUGUUCUUUAAGCGGCGACUACCCGUUUUAUUUCAAUGAAAUACAAGGCAUGACAUAUGUGUCGAAUGAAAAUAUAGUUUACGCUAUUUUUAGUACAUCACCUAAUAGUAUAGAAGGAUCUGCAAUUUGUGCGUUUAAUCUAACAACAAUAAAUGAAGUUUUUGAUGGUCCUUUCAAAUAUCAACAAGAUAUAAACAGUGCUUGGAAUAAACAUAAAAAUGUUUACAAAGAUCACUUCAAUUGUAUAGUUUCACAAAAAAAUGUAAAUUUACUAGAAACAUUCAAAUAUCAGCUCAUGGAUUCAGCCGUUCAAGCUACAACAAUCGAUCCUCUACAUGUAGCUACAGGGGAGCGUUUUACUCAUAUUACCCUUGAUGUAGUCGGAACAAAGUCACCGUUGAUACAUGUUAUAUAUGUAGCGACUCAACGUGGCGUUAUUAAAAAAUUGAGUCUACUUCCUCACUUUAAAAAAGCUUGUAUCGUAGAAAUUUGGCAAGCUGUUCCAGAUGCUAACAUUCUAAUUAGAAAUAUGCAAUUUUUAAAAGAGACUAAUUCUUUGUAUAUAACAACUAAUACGGGAGUUUCACAAAUAUCCGUUGAUCAUUGUAAAAGACAUUCUACAUUUGAAAAUUGUAUAAAUGCCAUGGACCCAUACUGCGGUUGGAAUGAGAGAGAAGAUGUAUGUGCCAUUAUCCCAGAAGAUAACCCUGAUAUAUUUUGGAGACAAAAAAUAUCUUCUUGCCCACUUAUCAACACAACUGUCGAUGGUAGAUGGAGCUCGUGGUCCUCGUGGGCUCCAUGUUUCCACAAAUCGUCAUCCGAAUCUGAUAGUUCGAAUUAUUGUAUGUGUCAAAUACGACAUUGUAAUAAUCCAGCUCCAGCAAAUAACGGUGAAGAAUGUAAAGGUCCUUCAGUAUCUGUAACAAAUUGUACAGUGCACGGAGAAUGGUCUGACUGGUCAGCGUGGUCAGCUUGCUCAGCCAGCUGUGGUGCGGCUGUUAAAACUAGAACUAGAACAUGUACCAAUCCAUCUCCAGCAUUUGGAGGUAGAGUGUGUGUAGGGGCAGACAAGAUGGAAGCUUUCUGCUCAGAAUAUUUACCUUGCCCUUCUAAACCGAUCGAUGGAGGCUGGGGUCCUUGGUCUCCUUGGACAUCCUGUACAGUACCUUGCAGCGGAGGAUACAGACUGCGUCAACGAAAAUGUGAUAAUCCCAUUCCUACUAAUGGAGGCCAGUAUUGUAAAGGCAAUGAUAUAGAAUAUGAAAGAUGCAAUGAAGGGUCCUGUGAAGAAAUUAAAACAAGCUACACAACGGAUUGGCUUACAAUUACAUCUGAUAACGGAUACCACAAAAAAAGAUUUAAAAUUAGUUGUAGGGCUACUGUGAAAUCUUCAGAAAAUAUAAGAAUUUAUGUUAAGGAAGAAGAAAAAUAUUGUUCCAAUUCACAAUGUUUGAAUGAUAACGAUGGUUGGGGUAAUUGGUCCGAAUGGAGUGAGUGUUCAGUUGAUUGCGGAAUUGGUAUCCAGAAGCGAACGAGGUCUUGCAAAAAAAUUAAAAAUUGUAUAGGCGAAUCUUCACAAACAAAAGAAUGCAUCAAUCAUAACUGCGAAAAUGCUUGGAGUAGUUGGUCAGAAUGGUCAUCAUGUAACGUUUCCUGCGGAUGGGGAUUCCGAAUACGAACUAGGACUUGUUUGGAAAGUAAUUGUGUAGGAGCCUCAAUUGAACAACAAUCAUGUGAAGAACAGGAAUGUGAAGUUUCUUCUUCACUAAGUAGUACAACAUUAGAACACAUUAAUUCGUGUACAUCAGUGGGUUUUUCAUUUUUCUUCGUUGGUGCUAUAGUUGGAUUAUUCCCAUACUUAGCUUGCUUAAUUUAUAACUACCUCAGAAGAAGAAAAAAUACUGUUCCAAGUUCACCCCAUUAUAUAACAGCUACACAAAACCCUUACAUAGCAGUACCACGUAGGGAAAGAGAAUCUAAAAAGCAUAGCUUCGUGCUAGCAAAUCCACCCAUCAAGGCAAAAGCUAAAUUUCUUAGUGAUGAUUUUGAACCUCCAACAACACUGAAGAGGAGCAGUCAUGAUGAAAAAAUUGGUUUUACAAAGCAAUUUGAAGAUGAUAACAUAUAUUAUGACUAACCAAAUAAUAAUAACAUUGUCAAUUCCAUUCCAAUAAAAACAACAAACUGUCUUAUUUUUAUUUGAAAAAAUUUUGAUCUCUAUUAAAAAAGUAAUAAAACUUAGAAGA